CGCGCAGUGGAGAAUAAAAGUUCUACGAGCCGCGCUCACUUGCUAAUUACGUAUGCAAUUUGUGUAUAUAAUAUGUAAACACAAGUAGAUAACUUUCUGUAAUACAUGCAUACAUACGUACAUAUAUAAAGUUUUAUUUGUUUUUGUGCUGUUUUGUAUAAACAAUUUGUUCACACUGAGAAUUCUGCGAACGACGCAGUCGGCCUGCUGCUGCAUAAAUAAGAGAGACAGAAAUAAAUAAAAUCACACUACGAUCAGAAUAACCCGUGAGUCACAGAGCGACAUUGCUGCGCAGCGAGCUGAUAAAUACACAUGUAUUUAAAUAUAUAUGUAUGUAUAAUUUCCAGUCGUCCAACAUCGGGGAAGUACCUAUAACGAACGACACGAGUUCAGUUCGAUACGAGCUGCACACGAUCUUCUCAUUGUCGCUUUGUACGAGCAACGGAACGGUUAUCGAGUCUCGCGUGAAUUGUUGAAACAACAGUGAUUCAAAAUAAAUAAUAACUACAACGAGUAAUCAAUUGAGUUGGGGAAAUACACACGCUCACGUCGAGUUUUACAAGAGCUUUGGAAUGAGUCAAUAUUUUGAUUUGGAUCGAGGCAAGAACGUUGCCUACGUUAAUGAUUGCUCCAGCACGAGCGGUUAUAGCAGCGCCAAUUCACCAACAUCGAUGUCACAGUCGCCCGCGCAUUCACCAGAAACGACAGCGUUACAAAAUGAAUUUGCAAAUCUCAACUUACCCGCAAUGUCGAACUCACCAUCACCACUACAUCAAAUGCAGAACUCACCAUACUCCCAAAAUCAGCUGCUAACAAAUGGCAACCUUUGCAUGGAAAUUGAUGGCAGCAAUAAUAAUUUAAUAAACGGCAACGCAACCUUUGGCAACAUCAUGUAUAUGCCAAUGGAUCAUUUCUAUGCAACACCAAGUCCACAAACUGUUGGAUUUGCACCAGCCGAACCAAAUGCUGGCAUUAAAAAUGAAUAUACAGCAGUUUUGCACAUUGCCGAACAACCUGUGGAGAAAUUUCGCUUUCGCUACAAAUCGGAAAUGCAUGGAACACAUGGUUCGCUCAAUGGCAUCAAUUCAAAGCGGACGCCAAAAACAUUUCCCGAGGUGAUAUUGCGCAAUUACAAGGGACCGGCGAUCAUACGCUGCAGUUUAUUCCAAACCAAUCUGGACAGUCCACAUUCACAUCAGUUGGUGGUGCGCAAGGAGGAGCGGGAUGUAUGUGAUCCACACGAUUUGCACGUGUCACAGGAUCGCGGUUAUGUGGCACAGUUCAUCAACAUGGGCAUUAUACACACGGCCAAGAAAUAUAUAUUCGAUGAGCUGCUCAAGAAGAAACAGGAUCGUUUGGUAUUCCAGAUGGGACGACGCGAAUUGUCGACAAAGCAAAUCCAGGAGCUGCAUCAGGAGACGGAACGUGAGGCCAAGGAUAUGAAUCUAAAUCAGGUACGCCUGUGUUUUGAGGCUUUCAAGAUUGAGGAUAACGCCACAUGGACACCAAUUGCGGCACCGGUGUUCAGCAAUGCAAUAAACAAUCGCAAAUCGGCCCAAACCGGCGAAUUGCGUAUUGUGCGGCUGAGUAAACCCACUGGCAGUGUUAUGGGCAACGAUGAGCUCAUCCUGCUUGUGGAGAAGGUCAGCAAGAAGAAUAUCAAAGUGCGUUUCUUUGAGGAGAACGAAGAUGGAGAGACGGUGUGGGAGGCAUAUGCCAAAUUCCGUGAAUCGGAUGUACAUCAUCAGUAUGCGAUUGUGUGCCAAACGCCCGCCUACAAGGAUAAGGAUGUUGAGAAGGAGGUUCCCGUAUCCAUUGAGCUAAUACGUCCGUCCGACGAUGAGCGUUCAUUUCCAUCGUUGCCAUUCCGCUACAAGCCGCGGGAUGCGAUUGUAUCACGGAAACGACGACGCACCUGCUCCACACUCACCAGCAGCAGCAGUAGCAGUGCGGGAAGUGGACACAACUCCUUUGAGUUGCCAAAGACAGUGCCGCAACAGGGCUUGCCCAACUUAUCGUUUCAUGAUCAGACCAUCAGUCAGGAAUUUGGACGUGAAAUUCAUGUGGAUCAAUUGUUGCCAGAAGCGUGUCGCAAGAUUUUGGAAAUUAACUCGUCAGAGCUGGAGAAACUAUGCACACCGAUGAUUGGCAUGCUUGAAGAGGAUGGUCAUAUGCAGACCGACUCUUCCAGUUCCAGCUUCAACCUGGCCACUGGACACAAUCGGACCAGCAGCUAUUUGGGUGAAAUCUUCAAGACCUUCGAUGCGUUAAGACGGUCUAGCGAUGAUCCCGAAUUGUUUGAAGCCUCACGCAAAAAGGUCAAGGAUCUGUUCACAGAUCAUGCACUAAAGAAUGAGACCAAUGAUACGCUUCUCCACGAAGUCAUAAGUCAACGGAAAGAUAAUCUGAAGCUGGCCAUUAAGACUUUCCAAGUGAUUAACUACUUCAAGCUGCAGGAACUGGCCAAUAGUGUGCCAAAUGUGGAAGGCGAUAGCGGAUUGCAUGUGGCCUGCCAGCAGAACCGCGCCCACUACAUCCGCCCACUGCUGGCGUUGGGCUGUAAUCCCAAUCAACAGAAUCACUUGGGCAACACCGCUUUGCAUUUGGCUGUCAAGGAUGAGCACAUCAAUUGCAUUGAGAGCUUUCUGAAUGGUGGACCGGCCGUCAAAUUAGAUCUAACACUGAAGAAUGAUGACGGUCUGACGCCGCUUCAUAUGGCAAUCAGACAGAAUCGUUAUGACGUGGCCAAGAAGCUAAUCAAUCACGAUCGCAGCUCCAUCAAUGUAUCCAACACGAAAGAUGGCAACAAUGCUCUCCAUAUGGCCGUGUUGGAGCAGAAUGUCGAGCUGCUUGUCUUAAUACUGGAUGCACAGGAUUUGACGGAUAUUCUGGUGGCCAAGAAUGCAGCAGGCCUUACACCAUUGGACUUGGCUCGGGACAAGGCCAAUGAUCGAUGCAAGCGAUUGCUGGAGGAGGUGUAUUCGGAUAAGGGUGACUUGGCCAUGACCUGGAUACCGCUUAAUGUCAAGGAGGAGAUGGACUCCUCGUCAGCCGAAGACGACGAAGAGAGCAAUCCAGAAGCGCCAACCAUUGAGAUUAAAACGGAAGAGGCUGAUAUGGAUUUCAAAUCCGAGGACGACAUUGAGAUAUCCAACGAUGGCAAUAUUGAGGAAACGUGUACAGCUGCCAAUAGUCAAUUGGAACUGCUGCUCAAUAAUAAAACAGAAUUUGACAAAUUGGUAGCACUGCUUAAUGAGCCAAGCAGCCGCAAUUCAAAGUGUCCCAAAUGGCAGGAACUUGCUGAAAAGUCAGCAAUGAAUCAACUCGUAUUCCUCUGGUCCAACUCGGAGGGUAUGCUCAACUAUAUACAUCAUAAGUCUAGUAUAGCCGAGUACAAAUCGUUUGCGUUAGCACUCCAAGAAAUGGGUCUGCUCAAAUGUCAGGAUUACAACAUGGCUCAAAUCAUCGAUGGCAGUGGCCUUGCCAAGGACUUACGCUGCGAAUUGCGCAAGGAGCUGGAACAUUAUGUGGCCGCUGGCAAUCGUGCUCCCCACUUGACAGCCAUCAUUGUGGGCGAGGAUCCGGCUAGCAAGACAUAUGUGGAGCAUAAGAUGAAUGCCUGCAAGGAGAUUGGCAUCACCAGUGACACUAAGGUGUUGCCUGCAUCGACCACCCAGGAGGAGUUGCUGCAGAUAAUCCAGGAGCAGAACAAUAAUCCGAAUGUGAAUGGAGUUCUGGUGCAAUUGCCAGUACCAGAUCAUAUGAAUGAGCGCGACAUCUGUAAUGCCGUAUGUGUGGAAAAGGAUGUUGACGGAUUCCAUGAGAUCAAUAUGGGACGUCUUGCCCUCGAUAUGGAUUGCCUUAUACCCGCCACUCCGCAGGGCAUUAAGGCAAUGCUGGAGAGCUAUAAUAUUGAAACAUUUGGUAAGAACGCCGUUGUCGUUGGACGCUCCAAGAAUGUGAGUCUGCCCAUUGCCAUUCUAUUGAGUUCCGAUGGCAAGAAUGCAACCAAAGCGCUGGACGCCACCGUAACCAUCUGUCAUCGCUAUACACCGCAAAAGGAGCUGACCAAGUUCUGUAAACAGGCUGACAUUAUUGUCGUGGCCGUUGGCAAGCCGGGAUUGAUUACCAAAGAUAUGGUAAAGCCAGGCGCUUGCGUUAUUGAUGUGGGCAUCAACAGGAUCAAGGAUGAGAAGACCGGAAACUUCCGUCUAGUCGGUGACGUCGACUUCGAUGAGGUUUGUCAGGUGGCUGGACACAUUUCUCCAGUGCCCGGUGGCGUUGGUCCCAUGACAGUGGCCAUGCUCAUGCGUAACACCAUCCAAGCGGCUAAGAAUCAAGCCGUCGCUCGAUCUGAUUAAAUCCGUUUUAACUUUGCCAUGAAUUUUUACAGAAUUUACACAUGAUUUCUGCUGCCCAACACAGCGGUCCAUAGUAUUUUGUUAUUUAAACUAACCAUUAGUAAAAUAGAUUAAGCAAUAAUCCGCUAACCUUGACGAUCCCAUAAAUAGUUACAAAUAAAUAAACGAAAAUCAAUACAAAAAACUCAA